AUGAACUCCAGGGAAUACGACAUCGUAAUCAUUGGGGGAGGCAUUAUCGGCCUUUCCACGGCCAUGCAACUAGCCCGCCGGUUUCCCCAGGGCUGCAGCAUUGCCGUGCUGGAGAAGGAGAAGGACCUGGCCACCCACCAGACCGGCCACAACAGCGGCGUAAUUCACUCGGGGAUCUAUUACCGGCCGGGCUCCCAGAAGUCCCAGUUCUGCGUGGGCGGGGCCCAGGCCCUGAUGCGGUUCUGCGACGAGAACGAAAUCGAGUACGACCAAUGCGGUAAGACCAUCGUGGCCACCGAAGAGUCGGAACUGCCCCGGCUGGAUAACCUGUACGAGCGCGGCGUGGCCAACGGGGUGCAGGGGCUGGAAAUGAUCGGUCCGGAGCGACUGCAGGAAAUUGAGCCUCACACCUUCGGACUACAGGCUUUGUGGUCUCCCACCACCGGAAUCAUUGACUACGUAAAGGUCAGCGAGGCCUACGCGUCCAGGUUCCAGGACAGCGGCGGCGACAUCUACAUGGACGCCGCGGUCAGGUCCAUCGGAGGCUCCGCCGGCGCCAUGACCAUCGACACCUCCCGGGGGUCGGUGCGGGCGGCCCACGUAAUCAACUGCGCCGGUCUCUACGCCGACCGCAUCGCCGAGAUGAUGGGGGAGCGGACCGGCGUUCGCAUCAUUCCCUUCCGGGGGGAGUACUAUACCCUGAGACCGGAAAGCCAACACCUGGUAAAGGGCUUGAUUUAUCCGGUUCCCGACCCCCGGUUCCCCUUCCUCGGCGUCCACUACACCCGCAACAUUCACGGCUACGUGGAAGCCGGCCCCAAUGCCGUCCUCGCCUUCGCGCGGGAGGGCUACCGCAAGAGCAAUGUGGACCUGGGAGAGUCGGUGGGAACCUUCACUUAUCCCGGCUUCUGGAAGAUGACCGCCAAACACUGGCGCACCGGCGUGUCGGAGAUGCACCGUUCCUACAGCAAGAACGUGUUUGUCCACGACCUGCAAAAGCUGAUCCCCGAAAUCAGGGACGAGGACCUGGCCCCGGGAGGCUCCGGUGUGCGGGCGCAGGCGGUGGCCACCGACGGGGCUCUGCUGGACGAUUUCUCAAUACUCCAGGGGCAGCAGGCCAUCCACGUGCUGAACGCGCCGUCCCCCGGGGCCACAUCGUCCCUGUCCAUCGGCCAGCACAUCAUGAACCUGGCGGUGGAAAGCUUCGAACUUGAAGGGUAG